UGACUCAAUCUUUUCCACCAAGGAGGAGCUAAACAUCUGCCCACGUCUCCAGAUUCCACAUCGCGAAGCACGCAGACAGGCGAGCCAGCCGACAAGCAGAGGCGGCGCCCGGGCUCCCCGUCCCCCUCCCGGUCGCCGCGACCCAGCUUUUCCUCCUCUGCUCGCAGGGGCCUGGCAGGCCGGAGACCAGUGCGCCGGGACGCCCAAACCAGACACCUGCAAGAUGCUGUCACAAAUGUGGAGAAGCAUUUUGGGGAGUUGUGCCAAAUCUUUGCUGCUUAUGUGCGGAAAACUGCCAGACUGCGAGACAAAGCAGACCUCCUGGUGAACGAAAUCCACAUGUACGCCUCUACGGAGACCCCAAAUUUAAAGCAAGGCCUGAAAAACUUUGCUGAUGAGUUUGCCAAACUUCAGGAUUAUCGACAAGCACAGGUUGAAAGACUUGAAGCCAAAGUGGUUGGACCUUUGAAAGCUUAUGGAGCAAUUGUAAAAUUGAAACGGGAUGAUCUCAAAGCAGCAUUAACAGCAAGGAAUCGAGAGGCUAAGCAAUUAACUCAAUUAGAAAGAACGCGUCAACGAAACCCAUCUGAUCGACAUGCAGAAGCCGAAUUACACAUAGCUUCAACAGAUGUUACCCGAACAACUCGUCAUCUGGAGGAAACUAUUGACAAUUUUGAAAAGCAGAAAAUAAAGGAUAUCAAGAAUAUAUUUUCAGAAUUUAUCACAAUCGAAAUGUUAUUUCAUGGCAAAGCGUUAGAGGUCUACACUGCAGCUUACCAAAAUAUACAAAAGAUUGAUGAGGAUGAAGAUUUAGAGGUUUUCCGAAAUUCUCUGUAUCCACCAGAUUAUCCGUCGCGUUUAGAUAUUGUAAAAGCAAAUUCAAAGUCACCUCUUCAGAGAUCACUGUCAGCUAAGGGUAUAUCUGGAACAGGACAGGUAUCUACCUGUCGAUUAAGAAAGGAUCAACAUGCAGAAGAUGAUGAUGAUGAAGAGGUAGACUUUACAGAAGAAGAAAAUUAAUUUUAAGUUAAUUUUCACAUGUCAUUUAAUUCUACUCACUUGAUAAACAAAAAAUGAAAUCCUACCAUAAACAUAAAAAUAAAUUCAUGCUGACAAAAAAUUAAGGUUAUAAAAAAUAAUUUCAAUAUCUUCUCUAAUGGUAUAUGUUUUUUUAUGUAAGUUCCAUUUUUUAAGAAGAUUUUAUAUUUUAAAGCAUUUCAUAAUGCACUGUACUUUGUUCAGUUGCAACAAUAAGGGACUAAAAAUGAAAGAUUUAAUAAUUCCUCUUAGCUUCUUCAACAUUAAGACUCCAUGUUUUGAACAUCAGAAAAGGUCUGAUUACAUACAAAUUUUAUUCCAUGAAACUUAACUUUUGUACCUUUAACUUCAGUGACUGUAUUCAAAUAAAGGAAAUGAGGCAUUAUAUCAGGUGUUAUAAAUAUGAAGCUUAAAUUUUAAGCUUUAAAAAAGCCACAUUCAACUUGACAUUGGUUUUAAAACAAAACUGCUAUCAUACUGUCACUAUAUGGUAAAUUAGAAAGCUAGUAAUUUGUUGGAAUGUUGCCUCAUUAUGUUUCAAAGAUAAAUUAUUAAAAGCUAAAAAUCUGUCCAACCUAUCAUCUAGAUAUAAGAGUAUAUAGUUACUCUUAUUCCUAAUGAUACAAGCCAAUUUAAUCAAACUUUUCAAUGUAUUUGCUGCUUUUGUUUCUUCUGGUGAGGAAUUAAUACUUCUGUGACUUCAUGGAUCCCACUCAAGAUACAGAAAAACUGGAAUUUAUAGUCAUUUGGGAAAACUGGAAAAAGCAAUUACUGUAUUCACAACAGGAAAAAUAAACUUUCUAGAAAGUA